AAUAUUAUUAUUAAUAUUUAGAAAAAGGAAAACACAGCAUCAUCUUUGCUUGUAGUCCAAUUCAAAAAUCAACGUAGAAGAUCCGGGAGAUUCUGGAUGAUAUCUGCCGGAUCUUGCCUUUCCAAACUGUCUCAUUUUCUUCCAUGUCUCUCCCCUUUUAAUACUCCCUUCUUCUUCCCCAUUUCUUCUUCAUGGGAAAUAUGGCCACCCAGACUCGGUUUCAUGUUCUUGCCGUUGAUGAUAGUCUCAUUGAUAGAAAACUUAUUGAAAGGCUUCUCAAGACUUCCUCUUAUCAAGUGACUGCAGUGGAUUCUGGAAGCAAGGCUUUGGAGUUUCUGGGAUUGAAUGGUGAGAAUGAAGAUGAAGAAAGGAAUUCGAGUGUCGAGUCAGUAUCUGCUGCAGAUGAGGAUCAUCAAGUGGGAGUGAAUUUGAUCAUCACGGAUUAUUGUAUGCCUGGAAUGACGGGGUAUGAUCUCCUGAGGAAAAUCAAACAAUCUUCAUCCUUUAAAGACAUACCGGUUGUCAUAAUGUCAUCUGAGAAUAUCCCAUCAAGAAUCAACAGAUGCUUGGAAGAUGGAGCAGAGGAGUUCUUUUUGAAACCAGUUAAGUUAUCGGAUGUAAACAAGCUUAGGCCUCAUCUCAUGAAAGGAAUUACAACCAAAAAUGAAAUGCAAUCCAACACUAAUAAAAGAAAGGGUAGUGAAGAAAUUCAAUCCCCUGAUAGAACAAGACCAAGAUACAAUGAAUUGGAAGUUGUCUGAUGAUCUCCCGAACACUUUUUUUAUAUUUUCUCAGGAAAAUUUUAUUGUUUUUCUCUCUGUCUGGUUUUCUUUUUCUUUUUUUUUUUCGAUCCAAAGUGGUGAUCGGGAUUCGGGUGUGGAGGCUGAGAUCCCAACUCUGUUGACUGAAUGAAACGAUUGUGCUCAAUUCUGGGGGGUUCUUCCUUUGCUUUAUACAGAACCAGAGUAUAGGAUUUUGGUUUUCAUUUCAAAGAAGAGAGAAACCUACUCUUUUUUUUCAUGUUAUGUUUUAGAAUUAUAUGGAAUCUAAGAUUCCAAGUGUAAAUUACCACAAGGAAAAAUAUAAACUCAAUUUUGUUGGUUCAUUAA